UUCUUAGUUUGGCUGCCUCUGCACCGUAGCGGCCAAAAUUGUGGAAACUUUUUGGGAAAAGUGUAUUUUCUAAAACUAGCGAAUAGCACCACUUCUUUUUUUUUUGAGUAGUACCGAAAAAUGAUAUAUCCAUGGAAAGAUAAUUUAAUCAAGAAUGUAAUGCAAUCACUUUAAUGAAGGAUUUGCUAUUAGAAUAGCGGUUACAGUAUAAAGAAGAAAAGUGAAACACGUAGAAAAAACGAGAUAUACAAAAAUGAUCCCCACGUCAGUUAAUACUUAGUUGGGUAACCUUUAGCAUGAAUUACAGCCUUACAACCUUACAACGUCUUCCCAUGGAGUGAACCAAGUUUUUGAAACCAAGAUUGCUUCUAUUAACUGGGUUUUAUUGCUGGAUUAACAAGUUUCUUUAGUCGGCUCCAUAGAUUUUCAACUGGGUUAAGAUCUGGGCUAUUCCCAGGUCAUUCCAGCAGUGGAAUAGGAUUAUCUUGAAACUUAAAAAAAUAAAAAAUAAAAGUGGUAUCAUAAGCCAUCAAACUUCCAAAAUACACUUUUCCCAAAAGGUUUCCACAAUUUUGGCCACCACUGUGAAUCCACGUGGUACUUUGUCCCGCUGGGGAAUUUUGAGAAAAAAUAAACAUGGCAGCUGAAAGCAAUAUGGAAAGUACAAGGCAAAAAUCUGUUUAUUUCUAUCAACUCUUCUUAGGUGCCCCGGAUUUUUAGAAUUAGCUCGUCCACUGGAUCAUUUCUUUAAAAGAAAAAAAUUAAAUUUAAGAUCAGCCCCAAUCGUUUCACCUGAAGAGGGUCUACGGGUAAGUCUGCGACUUACAGCAGUUCGCUUAGCGAACGCUCCAAGUUACAACGUCUCUUGACAAAAGCGACUUCACGAUUGUUUUUCACGCUUUCGACCGCUGCAGCAUCCCCAUGGUCGUACGUAUGAUCAAAAUUCAGAGGCUUGGCAACCGGUUCCUAUUUACGACCGUGGCCAUGUCCCGGGGUCACGGGAUUGCCCUUUUGCGACCUUUCAACAAGCAAAGUCAAUGGGGAAGCCGGGUUCCCUUAACAGCCUUGCUAUUAACUUAACCACUUGCCCCGACUGUGGCAAGAAAGGUCAUAAAAUGGGGCGAAACUCACUGAACCAAUGCCUCCCCUUAACAACAGAAACGUUGGAUUCCUUUGUCGUCAUAAGGCAAGGACUGCCUGUAUUUCAAAGGUAUUCGAUUCGGCAGCACAGCCAAACAAGAGGGUGCCCCCCCGCCCCUCUAUCUUGCAAGCAUGUGAUUAAAAGGGAAAUCGUCCUGGAAAUCUCAUAAAAAGAAGAAAUUAGGGAAAGGAAAGACCUAUAAAACCUUGGCUCCCCUUAGCAGACAAUUUGCCUGGAGGCAAAACUCAGUUGCAUAAAUAAGAGCAAUUUAAGUGGAAGGUUAAAAACACACACACACAGCCACACAAAUAUUUGCAUGCUAUAAAAAAACAUGAGCUAGAGGUAGGGGAAUAAAUAUCCUGUAAUUUUUGUUUGGCUGGCAUGGCCAAUGGUUAAUUGUCCCACUGCGGCUCUAAACAAUCAAUUUGAGAUGGCAAAAACAGGCGUAGAUAUGGAGCGGAGCUGACUGUUUGAAUAAAAGGAUGGGAUUUCAAAAUAUCUGGCAACUAAUGGAUAUCUGGAGUAGCAUUACAUCAACCCCCAAUUUUCUCCUUAAUUUCUGAUCAGGUCCGACUUCAUGCUCCAACACUGGCAGUUUUUAAGAUGUUGGAUAACCAUUUGUCUGAAGUGGUGUAAGGUUUCCUGCCUAAGCAGGGGGUUGGACUAGAAGACCUCCAAGGUCCCUUCCAACUGUAUUGUUCUGUUCUAUUCCUAUUCUAUUCUAAUCUAUUCUGUUCUUUCUGGAUUCUAUUCUCUCCUGUCCUACUCUACUCUACUCUACUCUAGUCUAUUCAUGGGAUUGAGGGGAUACUCUAUCCCAUCAAAAGAUUCAAUACUCAUCUUUACGUCUUGCAACAGUUCGGUUUCUGUUUCAGCAGGGGGUUGGACUAGAUGACCUACAAGGUCCCUUCCAACUCUGUUAAUCUGUAUCUUCCAUCAUAAAGUCCACUUUUCCACCAGCCUCACACAAACUUCAUUUCUCUCAUUUUUUUCCUGGAAGUUGGAGAUUUCUUCGAUUUAGCAGGGCAGUAUUAGCAAGCAUUUUUUUAGCCUUCUCAAACGGUGUCUAUGUGUGUGUGUAAAAAUCCAGCUUUCCCAAAUCUCAAAACGAUCUAAAAACACACACUGAAAUAGCCAAAGAAGCAAUAUUAAAUUAAAUAAGAUUAAGGUGCAUGUUUAUCCAUUUAAAUACCCAACAGAGCUGGUAGCCGAUUCCUUAAAAUCUCUUUGGGGAUGCUUGGCUGCAAACGGACUUCAUCAGUUCCACAACAAUCUCUUCCUGGUAUUUUAUCCUUCUUGACAUUCAAGUCCGUGGAACUCCAGAAAAUUAUAAUUUUUAUUCAUUCCACAAAAACACCCUGGAAAAGGGCCUCGACGCUUCUGCUCCGCUGUCAGAAUUCGAUCUCGAAACUGCAGCUAUUUUUUUAAAAAAAAAAACCAAAAAAUUCAAUCUCUUUCCAAGCACGCUGGCCAGGCUGGUUUUUUGAAAAGCCUCUCUCGGUCAAAGCAACUUUUCGGUCGAAGCCCCAGCCGAGCCGUGUGCGAGUCACGACUUCGAAUCCGAACGCCGACUCUAUUCCAUUUGAAGAGAGAGCGAGAGAGAGAGAGAAAGUUCUUAGAAAGUGAGCCAAACUCGCAUCGAAAGUGGCUGUUUCUUUUGACACCUGGGGUCACAUUUCCAGCUUAAAGGAAAAAAAAAAAAGUCAAAUCUUAGAGUUUGGCAGAAUUGAAAGAAACGGUCGGGAGAUUACAUCGAUAGACAACGCGUAAAAUUCAGCUCUUCUGCUUUACAAAUUCAGGAUCCGUAGAGCUUUUUUUUCCUGGUGCCAUCCAAACGUAUUGGAUCUUUCGCUAUUGAAUCUGAAGGCCUCUGCUUCACCUGUUGAGCUACAUAAUAAGCCCCCGCUCUGUAGCUGUUGGCCAACUGACCUGGAGUGUCGAAACGUGACAUCACAGCCUCUCCAUUGUGACCCGGGCGUAAGUCAGCUUCCAGCAGUAUGGCUUCAGAGCAGGAAGUAGUUUCUCCACCGACUCGCUGGGAACCAAGGAUCUGCAAGAAGAAACUCCUUAGCUUCCCGCCCCGUUUGACUCUCCGAAGACCUCUGUGCUUCUCAGGAUGGAUGAGCGAAAGACCGCUGGAUGGCAAUGAAAGAGCAGCUGCCCUACGCUUAGGCUUCCAUUGGUUCCCAUACUACAACAAAGCAGAGGAGGCCCACCGGGUGACGAAGCUGCCCAAAAGACGCCCGGGACAGAUUCAUCCAAAGGUUCAAAGCAGCACAACCCAUCAACAAGGAGACCCCAAGACUGUAGAAAACCCCAGGAAGCAGAAAUACAGAAGUCUUUUUCCAAGCCAGGCCCUGAAGCAGUGGAAGACCUACAAGCAAAGCGGGGUUCCCAGAGUCGCCAGAGGGAAGUUCACAUAUGAAUUCAGAUCAAAGAAGCCCAGAACCAUCCUGAAUGCGGCGCUCCGAAUGAGUCACCUGGCAGAGAGAAGAAAUGAAGAAGGCCCAGGAUCGGGGCCGUUCUUUUACAUCGGCGGAGCAAAUGGGGUUGAUAUCUUGACUAAUUACUGCAAAAGUAAAGGGUGGCAACGGAUUUAUGACAACCGGAGGGAAGACUACGUCUUGAAAUGGUGCGAGACCAAGUUUCGGGACACCUAUUGCAACUUCCGAGAAGGAGAGCAGCUUCUCUACCAGAUCCCAAACAACAAGAUCCUGACGACAAAGAUCGGCCUGUUGAUGAACCUCCGGGAAUAUGACCGGGUGAUGAAGAAGAUCGGCCAGGCAGCCAAAUUGUUAAAAAUGGAAGAUUUUUUCCCGGAGACUUUUCGUCUGGACACCAAAGACGAGAGAGAAAUCUUCUUUGAAAUAUAUAAAGAGCCUCACAUUUGGAUCUGCAAACCCACCAGCUCCAACCAAGGCCGAGGCAUCUUCCUCCUGAAAAGCCAAGCCGAGGUCCGAAGCUUGCAAGCCAAAUUCCAAAGCAUGGAGGACGAGUCGACGUAUAAGAAGGUCCCUUACAAACUGCCCCAGGCACGAAUCGUCCAAAGGUACAUCGACCGUCCGCUGCUGCUGGAGGGGAAAAAAUUUGACGUCCGCUCUUACCUGCUGAUCGCCUGCACGGUGCCGUACAUGGUCUUUUUCGGCCAUGGUUACGUCCGCCUCACCUGCCUCAACUACGACCCCAAAUCCAAUGAUCUCACUUCUCAUCUGACCAACCAGUACGUGCAAAAGAAGAGUCCUAUUUACACCCACGUCAAGGAGGAGACUGUAUGGCUGAUGGAGCGCUUCAACAACUACGUCAACGAAAAGUUCAGACAAGCCAAAGGACUCCCUAGAGACUGGGUCUUCAACGGCUUUACCAAAAGAAUGAAAGAAAUCAUGCUACAGUGUUUUCUCUCUGUCAAAUCCAAGCUGGAAUGCAAACUGGGCUUCUUUGAUCUCAUCGGCUGCGACUUCCUGAUUGAUGAAGAUUUUAAGGUGUGGCUCUUGGAAAUGAACGCCAACCCUGCAUUGCACACCAACUGCACGGCAUUGAGGACCGUGAUUCCCGCGGUGGUGAAUGAGACGCUGGAUCUGACCGUCGAGAUCUUCACCAAGGCCCAGAAGACUCAGAGCAUCCUCCCUCUGGAGUCCCUCUGCCAUUUCACCCUCCUCUACAACGGGACGGCAUCCAACAACGGGCUCCCACAGGCAGCCAAGAGCAAAACAUCUCUCUGUUCCUUAAAGAUCCCCCGGAUAAGUCUGGAGAAGGCCACCAGCAGCAGCAACCCCGGGCUGCCCAACCUUCCACCGGACAAACAGCCGCCUCCCAAAAUCCCUGAGAAGAUGCCAAAGGCGGACAGCAGAGGAGACAGCAGGGGAGAGUCCUCUGGCGCUCUUGAAGGUCUGGCGGCGGCCCCCAACAAAGGAGUCCGGCGAAACCCACUCCCCAUGCCUCAGAUCCAGAUCUCCAUCGUCCCCAGCCUGACCUGCUGUCCUUCCGUCAAAGCCAUCCUUCGGGGACAUCAAGUCUGCACCAGCGGCAACCAGUACAUCAUCAAACCUGUUCCGGCCACCCAAGACAAGGCCGAGGGCCCCGAGGAUCAAGCCAAGGUCCUGAACCUGCCCCGUGGGAACUCCAAAGAUAAGUCCUACACAACAUGGUUCCAGCAAACCUUUGGGACCAAGGUGCCACUGGCCAGCGAACACGGUGGCGCAGAGAAUGCCUUGACCAGCUCGCAGAUGCUCUCCCUCCAUCUUCAAUCCAACUUGCCACCCAACGGCCUGCUUCUUCCGGAAUUCCCCAAGUCCUUCUCCUCAUUUGUGGUCAAGAGGCCGCCGGCGGCCGAGAGCAAGCCCAGGGCCGUAGCCGUCAGCCACAGUUGCCGGGAAUCGCUCCCAGAGGAGAAAAAGAUCUCCCACCGGGGCUCUUAAAAUGCUGGACACUGGUGUAUUUCCAAAGUCCUCGUUCUCUUUUUCUUAUAAAGAACAAAACCAGGGAAGAAAAAGAAGACCAGAGAAACACCCUCCUUUCUGAUGUGUUCCAGCAUCUUUCUUGGCACGGGGGUGGGUGGGCACGGCGUCUGUGUUUUAUCUCUCUGGGUCUCUUAAAUAUUUCUCAGAAAAACCACAGGGCGAAAUACUGUAUUUG